CAGAGACUCAACGUACGUAGAAAGGAGGAACAUGGCCGCCGUGCAGCUGCUGCGGGUGUCGGUACAUGAGCGGAUCAGCGCUGCCGCUGAAGACGUUCUGAUGCAGGUGGAGAAAGAUGGAGGAAAGGCUCAAGUCCCGGCGCUGAGAGCGAUGCUAACCGAGCGGCUAAUGGCGGCGGCUGAGGAGAUCCUCGCGGUGUUUGAGGAAACCGUGGCAGAGUACGAAGACAGAUACGACGAUCGAGUGGAGCGGACAGGGGAGGAGAUCUGCCGCCAGAGGAGGCUGCUCGAUGCCGUGAUGCAGCCCGUAGUCCGGCUGCACAGAGCAGGGUGUCCUGCAGAUGUCCAGCAACUGAUGGUGAAUAAAGAAGAGGUUACCCCUGAGCAGCAGCAGUGGAGCCCCCUUGUGGUCAAGGAGGACCCAGAGCCCCCCCACAUUAAAGAAGAACAGGAGGAACCGUGGACCAAUUGGGAUGGACAGCAACUUCAAGGACUGGAAGAGGCUGAUAUCAAUUUCACAUUGACUCCUGUCGCUGUGAAGAGUGAAGAAGAGGAAGUUAAAUCGUCAAAGCUUCAUCUGAGUGAGACGAAGGAGAACAGAGGGAACAUAAGGGGCAAUCUAAAGAAAGAGAAACCAUUUAGUUGUUCUGAGUGUGGUAAAAGUUUUAAUCAAAAGGGCAAUCUAAAUACACAUAUGAGGCGUCAUACAGGAGAGAAGCCAUUUAGUUGCUCUGAGUGUGGUAAAAGAUUUAACCAAAAGGGUAGUCUAAAUACACAUAUGAGGUGUCAUACAGGAGAGAAGCCAUUUAGUUGCUCUGAGUGUGGUAAAAGAUUUAACACAAAGGGCAAUCUAAAUACACAUAUGAGGAAUCAUACAGGAGAGAAGCCUUUUAAAUGCUCUGAGUGUGGUAAAAGAUUUGACCAGAGUAGCAAUCUAAAUUUGCAUAUGAGGCGUCAUACAGGAGAGAAAACAUUUAGUUGCUCUGAGUGUGGUAAAAGAUUCAACCACAAGGGCAAUCUAAAUACACAUAUGAGGCGUCAUACAGGAGAGAAGCCAUUUAGUUGCUCUGAGUGUGGUGAAAGAUUUAAUCAAAAGGGAAGUCUAAAUACACAUAUGAGGCUACAUACAGGAGAGAAGCCAUUUAGUUGCUCUGAGUGUGGUAAAAGAUUUUACCAAAAGGGCAAUCUGAAAUCACAUAUGAGGCGUCAUACAGGAGAGAAAUAAUUUAUUUGAUCUGAGUGUGGUAAAAGAUUUACCAAAAGGGGCAGUCUAAAAAAACAUAUGAGCAGUCAUUAGGGUUGCAAAAUUCCGGGAAUAUUCAAAGUUGGAAACUUUCCAUUGGAGUUAAUGGGAAUAAACUGGAAAUGUUGUGGGUAAUUUAUACUAACUGUAUUUACCUUGUCAUAUACAUACAUAUAUAUAAACAUUUUGUUUAGUCACAAGCUGAUUUGAGCCCUAAGGGAACUUUGGGCACUUGACUAUAUGCUUCUGUAUCUUUGUGGCAUUCUUAACAUAG